UCUGCAACCACUUGUUCUGGUCACUUGAACGCGAUCGGUUCUCCCCGCAAUCUGCACAAUUCGCGCUUUUGCUACUAUUAUUUGUUUGAAUAUUCAAUUGUCGUUAUUUUGUAAGGUGUCGUAUGGUGGCCGGUUCAGGAAUUGAAAGCAACUCGGUGGCAUUGGGAGAGACUUUAUUAAAUUUUCCAUAGAAAGUGAAAUAUUUGUUGUUUCCGCAACAAGUGUAAACUGGACACUGAUUGAAAAGAAAACCUUUGACAAAGGCGAUCGUGUCUGGAAAGUUAGGGUGGUUUGCAAGGACGAUGGCCAACUCCCCGAAAGUGACAAGCAGUAGUCGAUUUGUGAUAGAGGAUUCAAUACCGAAAGCUACCUCAGAUGGUGAGCCCCACGAAGUGAUGACUAUUGUUGCAAUGCUUUCCGGAUUGAUUGCAGCCGCCAUUGUUCUCUUCAUUUUAUUUAGUCUCAUUGGGAAUAGAAGGCGAUCACCAAAUGGAAUCGAGCCAUCCGAUUCAGAGACCGCGGACAAGGACUCCAAGUCUGAGUCGACCAUUAUUCCGAUAUUCUCCGCAACGGCAAAGUGUGAUGAAUUGGACAAGAGCCACCCACAAUUGCUCUCGUUUUCGACUAUUUCGGAGCUUGUGUCUAGGAACGAGGGUUUGGUGAAUAGCAGCUUCGAAAGAUGUCCUUCGGAUGUAUGCAGCUCUCUGAAUGCUGUCACACUCUCUGGAAUAAGCACCAUCCAAUGCUGAGUUGGAGUCAUCUUGACCAGCGUGGAAUUCUUCCAAUCAAUUGAACAAUGAGGAGGGAUGGAGGGUGAUAUUGUUAUUCUACUAUUUUGAGGCCAGUUGAUGUCUUGAAAAUCGAUUCCUUGACUGUGAUUUAUUUUUGUUAACAUUGAACCGCGUUUCAUUUAUUUGGAAUCGAAUUUGAAAUUUUCUCAACUGGCCAAGAUCCUUUGCACUCUAGUGAACAUUUCAUCUAAUAUUUAGAUGUUAGCAUACUCAGGUUUCAUAUAUGCCGCACCAUUUCUAAGACUGAAUUAUUUGUUGUAUAAAUUGAGCAAUUGUAUAUUAUGUGAUUGAAAGAUACUUUCAUAAAAAAUUGAAGUAAUAGGUCCGACCACGAAUCUUCAAAAAACAAGUGUGGACCGAAAAAUCCUAAUCUGGAUUCACAUUUAAUUGUUGUUUUUUAUAGUUAACACAAAGUAAGUUAAGCACAUGUUACUAAACACCAUCACGUUACCAAAUAAUACCAUACCAUAUACAUCGACGUAGUGCGUAAGUGAUCAAUGUAGACUAUAUUUGAUUAAAGAUAUUGUAUUAAAAGGAUA